AUGGACUCUGCAUCGGUACCCGUGCAGUCAGAUGAAGGCGAUGCCUCCUGGUCUGACAAUCAUAGCAUGUAUUCGAUCGAGAGCAUGCAUGACGACGCCUGCCAGCCGCAGUCGCCUGCCUCUGACUCCGCUCAAUGGAAUCUUGUCGAGUCGAGCUUGCCUACCGGUCACCUCUCACCCAUCAGCACCGGCAUGGAUACUUCUUCCAACUCAGGUCCCUCUACUCACGACACCUCACUUGCCAUGCCCAAGCUGGAACCUUUGGAUGAGGACUUUUGCCUCGACAAUGUCACUGAAGCCCCGGCAGCGGACCUAGACCACGGCAACGCUUCCUCUACGAACCCCAAGCUGAAGCGACCUAGAGGCCGGCCACGCAAACACCCACUCAACUCAGCCAUUAACGCAGGCAAGGUCACGAAAGGCCGCUCGAAGACCGGUUGCAUCACUUGCCGAAAGCGAAAGAAGAAAUGCGAUGAAGCGAAACCCCGAUGCUACCACGAGAAGAAACUGUGGCGAAGUGGCAAGGACAAGGCAUCUGACGACCACACUGAGGCGUCUGAAGAUGCGGUAGUGUUCCACAUGCAACCUCUUUUCCACGGCGUUGUCACUGUAGAGGACAGACUGUUUUGGAAGCAUUACUAUAUGAGCCUGAGCAAUGUCCUCACGGUCGAGGGCGAGGCCAAAAAUGCGUUCAAGGACAUUAUCCUACCCUUAGCCAACAAACAUCAGGGCGUCAUGCACUCUGUCCUCGCUAUGAGCAGUAAGCAUAUCGACUACGACACACCAUACGGUGCCAAACUACUUCAGCAGAAUCCCGGGACCUCACGUGCUGCCUUGCAGAGCCGAGCAGACUAUCACCACCAGGCCGCUAUGGACUCGUUUUACGCAGACAUACAACGCAGCGCCGAUGAAGGCGAGAUAGAUCAAAAAACCAUCCUCUCAGCUCGCUACGCUCAAAUACUCUGCCUACUCAUCGGUACGCUCAUCGAAGGCAAUCCGCAUGGAGAACACAGAGUUCACCUACGCGGCUAUCAACUUCUCAUCCAGCAGAAUCCACCAGAGGAUCCAACAUAUCUCGCGUUCAUAACUGAGUUCUUCCAGUACCACAUCUACGCCGACGAACUCGUUAGACAUCCAGGCAUGAAUGGACCACGACUUACGUGCCAGGAUUGGACCCCGCUAGCUUCUGCUGAGGCCCCCCGCCUCCUUGGUGUUUCUGAUGGGCUCUUUCAACACCUACCUCAGGUUGCUGCAAUCAAGGACACCAUCCGGCAAAACAUUUACAACGGUGCUGAGACUCGGGUGGACUACCAUCUCCUGUGGCGUGCACAAGAGAUUCAAGAGGCCAUCGAGCAGUGGUCGCCAACAUGGCCUGCGGGUGAUAGCCGGCAUAGAGUCGGGCUUGUGUACAAACACAUGAUGUUUCUGCACUUGUUCAGAACCAUCUAUCCACCUACAACUUCGCAGCAAGUUAGCAUGCCACCGCUAGCGCCUCCUGCCGCUCCGGUGUCGCCUGCCGCAUCUCGUCGUCCGUCACAAGUGUCACGACCUUUGACUGCCUCGAGCUGCUCCUCGUCGCCUGGACUCGGACCGACGACGGCAUCCGUGGCUUCCAUGACCUUUCAACAGCGUAGUCCGCCCGGAUCCCGCAAUCCCUCCAGGACAAGCUCCAUGCAUGAGCUCGAUUCCUCGGCCGCCUCCGGUUUGUCGGCGUCCAAACAGCAACACCUAUCGCCACCCCCCGUCAGGCGUUCACCCCAUCAUGAUCGACGUAUCACCGCCGCAGUUGACGAGUCCCUCACAAUGAUGGAGGGUUUCAAGCCUUUUGACCCGGCGUUGACAUUGCUCCUGGUUCCUUGCCAGAUUAUCGGUGCUGCCUGCUUUGAUCACCCACAACAGGAGCGCGUUCGUGGUAUCAUUCGACAGGUCCGAGGCUACACGGGCUUACGCAAUUGUGACCGGACCAGCGAAGUUCUAGAAGAGGUCUGGCGGCUCAUGGACGAGGGCGACUGGCUGUCCGCUUGGGAUUGGCAAGGCGUUGCGCUGAAGAUCGGCGCCGACUUCCUAUGCACAUGA